GUACGCAUCCCUCCCCGCGUGCUUGAAAUUUGUCUGCGUCCGCAGAGACAGACUUACUAGACAUGCAGAGUUCCUUGCCCCGCGUCCUGCGAGAGGAAGGCGCCUGCCUUCUCACAGCCCUCUCUAGCCUCGCCUCAGGUUUCCUAGGUACAGCAUAUCUUCCAUUUAAACAGAAUCUGAGCCACAUAGGAAAUCAGUUUAGGGAGUGUUGGGAGAGUAAUCGACUGGACGUCGGCUCGGCUUGACCCAGGAGGUGGACUGAGGCAGUCAGAGGCUCCUUACCCGUUCUGUCCUUGGAAUGUACUUUCUGCCCUCUGUUCCUGAGCUAGGUGCUACUUGAAGGAUGCAGCCUUGAGAGAGUAAGGUGUUAUUGAAACCAUCUGGACUUCUUUGGUAAGUGCAACCCCCCUUCCCCCACUUAAGACCUCUGUAUAAACUCUUAAGAUUCUGGCAAGUGGAUAUUCAAGACAAACCACCUAUGUAAGUUCCCUUGCUUACUAAAACUGCCACCUACCAAUAUGGAAUGUCCUGCCUCUUCAGUCAUUCUGUGACCUCCUAGGGUGUGUGUGUGUGUUGGUGUGGGGGCGGAGGUUUCACCUGGGGAAUUACCUGAGGUCGUGAACCAACAGGGAGAGAAAGAGCCAAAAUCCCUCUCCUUUUAAAUAAUCAGCUGUGGCAACCACAACUCUACCUUUUUAAGAGGCACUUUUCCUACCUCUUUGUGGGGUGUUUUCCACUAUCCUGCAAAACCCUCACUCCCCACCUUGAACGAGGCCUGAAAUUCCACUAGAGUUUCACUUAUGAGUUUAGAUUAAGCCUCAAAUUGUUACCAAAGCUGUUGCCCCAGAAUCAUACUCUUGUCCCGGGCUUGAAUGGAAACCAGUUGCUCUUAACCUAAGUUUUGGGAGGAAGCUGCAAAGAAAAACACAAGAACUGGUUAGAACCAAUUAGGCACUAGAUGGCUGAAGAUUUAACUUCCAGCAGACCUAGAGCCUCAUGAUACAUUCGUUGUAAUACCUAAGCAUGCUAAAUGACACACCGACCGGUGCAAUGACAGCUGACAGUUGCCAUGACAACAACCGGAAAAGCCCAUACAAGGACCGAAAAGGAGAGUUGCAUCAGUUCCAGGUCCAAACCACACCCCCGUUCUCGGGAAAACUGGUUUCUAAAGGCCCGUGGAGGAGUAUUCAUCCCAGGACAGGAGACAAUGGAGGGUGAAGAUGUCCACUUCAAGGGGUGAACUGGCCUUGGGAGUCCAAGCUGGAGAGAGGAGAAACAUGAACCAGAAGAUACUUAAGUUGGAGAACUUGCUACGAUUUCACACUAUUUGUAGGCAGCUGCACAGCCUGUAUCAAAGAAGAAUGUUGGCACAGUGGAGGCACGUGUUUUCAUCUGCUUACCUGGUGUGGACAGCUCAGCUGUACCCCCAGCCCUGGCAGACACAUGCGCUCAUCAGGACCGCUUUAUCUCAACAUAGGCUUCUGGUGACAAAGAAGGAAAAAAAAUCGCAGAAACCUCAGUUAUCUUCAACAAAAUCUAAAAAGGAGGUGGAGGUAUGGAUUGGAAUGACUGUUGAGGAGCUGGCCAGAGCAAUGGAAAAAGACAUAGAUUGUGUAUAUGAAUCUUUAUUGAACACUGCUGUUGACAUAGAUUCACUAGAAGCACACUCACAUUUAGAUGAAGUCUGGAUCAAAGAAGUGAUAAAGAAGUCAGGGAUGAAGUUAAAAUGGAGCAAAUUAAAACAGGACAAAGUCAGAGAAAAUAAAGAUGCUGUAAAAAGGCCCCAGGCAGAUCCAGCUUUAUUAAUACCAAGGUCCCCAGUUGUUACUAUAAUGGGCCAUGUUGAUCAUGGAAAAACGACGUUACUUGACAAACUGCGAAAAACUCAAGUGGCAGCAAUGGAAGCUGGAGGCAUCACUCAGCACAUUGGUGCCUUUCUUGUUUCUCUGCCUUCUGGGGAAAAGAUAACCUUUCUUGAUACUCCAGGACAUGCUGCUUUCUCAGCAAUGAGAGCCAGAGGUGCUCAGGUCACUGACAUUAUCAUACUGGUUGUAGCUGCAGAUGAUGGAGUGAUGAAACAAACUGUAGAAUCCAUUCAGCAUGCCAAAGAUGCUCAAGUUCCUAUUGUCCUUGCCAUAAACAAAUGUGACAAAGCUGAGGCUGAUCCUGAGAAAGUGAAAAAAGAACUGCUAGCUUAUGAUGUGGUAUGUGAGGAUUAUGGAGGUGACGUUCAAGCAGUGCAUGUUUCUGCACUCACGGGCGAUAACAUGAUGGCUUUGGCAGAGGCAACAAUUGCUCUUGCAGAAAUGUUAGAAUUGAAAGCAGACCCUACUGGUCCAGUUGAAGGAACAGUAAUAGAAUCUUUCACAGACAAAGGAAGAGGUCCUGUUACUACAGCUAUAAUUCAAAGAGGAACUUUGAGAAAAGGCUCCAUUCUGGUUGCUGGAAAGAGUUGGGCAAAAGUACGCUUAAUGUUUGAUGAAAAUGACAAAGUAAUCGAUGAGGCCUGUCCCAGCAUGCCAGUGGGAAUUAUAGGCUGGAGAGACUUCCCUUCUGCAGGAGAUGAAAUUCUUGAAGUAGAAUCUGAGCCAAGGGCACGUGAAGUUGUUCACUGGAGGAAGUAUGAGCAAGAACAGGAAAAAAAUAAAGAGGAUCUGGAAUUAAUAGAAGAAAAGCGAAAGGAACACCAAGAAGCACAUCGGAAAGCCCGCGAGAAGUAUGGCACUUUGCACUGGAAGGCAAGGUCAUUUAUAAAGUACAAAAUAAAAAAACAGCAGCAACCCUUAAAGCCAAAAGAAAAAGCAGGAGGAGAUUCAAAUGCACUUCCUAUAAUUAUUAAAGGUGAUGUUGACGGUUCCGUAGAGGCCAUUUUGAACAUUAUGGAUACCUAUGAUGCUUCACAUGAGUGUGAACUAGAGUUAGUACAUUCUGGUGUGGGUGAUAUUAGUGAAAAUGAUGUUAACCUUGCUGAAACAUUUCAUGGUGUUAUAUACGGCUUCAAUGUGAAUGCAGGCAAUGUUAUCCAGCAGUCGGCUGCAAAAAAAGGAGUAAAAAUUAAACUUCACAAAAUCAUUUACCGUCUUAUUGAAGAUUUGCAGGAGGAACUGAGCAGUAGAUUGCCCUGCAUUGUGGAAGAGCACACAAUAGGUGAGGCUUCUAUACUAGCUACCUUCUCUAUAACAGAAGGGAAGAAAAAAGUUCCUGUGGCCGGCUGCAGAGUCCAAAAGGGACAGUUAGAAAAACAAAAAAAAUUUAAAUUAAUACGUAAUGGACAUGUUAUUUGGAAGGGCUCAUUAAUCUCACUGAAACACCAUAAAGAUGAUAUUUCAGUCAUCAAAACUGGAAUGGAUUGUGGUCUUAGUUUGGAUGAAGAAAAGAUAGAAUUUAAAGUGGGAGAUGAUAUUGUCUGUUAUGAAGAAAAGGAAGUUCUAGCCAAGACUUCUUGGGACCCAGGAUUUUAAAAUUAUGUUAAAAAUGUAAAUGAUUAAAUGUUUUGCUUUAUUACAGAGCAACUAGUUUCAUCUUACUAAAGGUAAUAAUUCACCACUCACCACUGGUCAGAAAGUUCUGCCGAGCAUUAACAGGUGUAACUGUCAAAAUGCUACAGAAUUAGGAAAUCUUAUUUAAGGACGCGUCCAACUGGAAAUCCUGGAGUAGGGAAAGAAUAUGGCUAAAGGGAAUUGUUAAUUAUUGGUAUAUCAGUGAAUCUAAUAAUCAGUUUAAUAAACUUCAAGUGCUUA